UAGGAAGGAAAGUUCUCCUCUUUUGUUUACUUUUCUUUCGUGUUAAGAGCCUACAGAUUGGGAGACUCAUUUAGACGGGCUGUCUCCGCUUCUCCUCGAAUUCUUUCUUUGCCUACUUAUCUAUCAGUGAGAGUGUGUUGUGGUUACUCAAGGCUCAGUGCCUGUGUCCAUUUCUCCAGGGGAACCUCGUGAAAACCAGGAGCUUCUGGUCCUGCAAUCCAACUGUGAAGAGAAAAGAGUCAAAAAAAGCCUCUUCAUCUCCAUCCAACCAUGUGUUCUUCCAUCAAAAGAGUUUGAACUACUGAGUUGGCACCUUGGCUUGAUCGCAGGUGGCCUUUGCUUUUGCUCCCGCUGCCAUGAGGUUUGCCAGAAGCGGUUGGCAUUUGGCACUACUGCUGGCGUCCGUUGGCCUGGUGAGUUCCGGAAACGGGAACGGUCAAGGGAGACGCGGGGGAGGCGAGAGGCGGAGGAAGCUUCACCGCGUGCAGCACGGCCAGUGCAGCUACACCUUCAUCCUGCCGGAGAUGGAGAGCUGUCAGGGUGGAUCGGAACAGAAGAGCGGGACCAACGUGGUUCAGCGAGAUUCCCCGCCGGCGGACGGCGAGUGGCCCGUUCAGAAGUUGCAGCAUCUGGAGUCGGCCAUGGAAAACAACACGCAGUGGCUACUGAAGUUAGAAAACUACAUCCAUCAAAAGACAGGGAUGGUGCAUUUUCAAGCUGAUGCAGUUCAUAACCAGACGGCCACUAUGUUGGAGAUCGGCACCAACCUGCUCACCCAGACUGCAGAGCAAACCAGGAAACUCAAUGUGGUUGAAGCCAAGGUUAUGAACCAGACAUCAAAAAUUGCAAUUCAGUUAUUAGAGAAUUCAUUAUCAACAAACAAACUGGAGAAGGAACUCUUAACACAGAUUUCAGAAAUCUCCAAACUUCAAGACAAGAACAGUCGUUUGGAGAGUAAAGUCUUAGUCCUGGAGUCGAAGCAGAGGACGGAGCUGGAGGACAUGAGGGAGGAGAAAGAGCGACUGCAGGACCUGGUGAAGAGACAGACAGCUGCCAUUACAGCUCUGGAGAGACAGCUUAGAGUGGCCAGCACCAACAACUCAGCCCUGCAGAGACAACAUCAGCAGCUCAUGAAGUCCGUACACACACUUAUUGGCAUGAUGUCUUCUGGAACAGGCUUCUCAUCAAAUGAGCAGCACUUCAGAGACUGUGCCGAGGCCUAUAAAUCCGGUCACAACACCAGCGGAGUCUACCACAUUUACAUCGGAGACAUGACCGAGCCAACCAAGGUCUUUUGUGAUAUGGUGACAAGCGGAGGUGGCUGGACGGUGUUCCAGCGCAGGGCCAGUGGAAGUGUGAACUUCCAGAAAAGCUGGAAAGACUAUAAACUGGGAUUUGGUGAUCCUAGUGGAGAGCACUGGCUGGGUAAUGAGGCUGUUCACCUGAUCACCAGUCAAGCCCAGUACUCCCUCCGAGUGGAACUUAAAGACUGGGAGGAGAACGGCGCCUAUGCUCUGUAUGACAAAUUCCAGCUGGCCGGAGAAAAACAGCAGUACAGACUCUUGCUAGGGAGCUAUAGCGGAACAGCAGGACAGCAAAGUAGUUUAGCAUCAAACGGCACGGGCUUCAGCACUCGCGACGCUGACAACGACAAGUGCGUUUGCAAGUGCGCCCUCAUGAUGACCGGAGGCUGGUGGUUUGAUGCUUGCGGUCUGUCUAACCUCAAUGGAAUCUUCUACACCGUGGGUCACAACAUCCGCAAACUCAAUGGCAUUAAGUGGCAUCACUUCCGAGGACCCAGCUAUUCGCUCCAGUCCACUUCCAUGAUGAUCCGUCCAGCUGAUUUCUGACGUGAAUAAAUUAGCAUUGCCGCAAGCUUGUCACAUUGACAAUGACAGGACUUAAAGCACUUGCUUUGGGACAUAGGAGCAACAAGGUGGAGACAAAUAAUGGAUGGACGGUGAUGUUUUUACUGCAAAUCCGAGAGCUGGAGUGGAGAAAAGUGAUCAGACUGAAAAUUCAUUACUAUGCCACAAUUUUCUUUUUUACACAUGCAAACACGCUUCUCCUUCACAGCUACUCUUGUCUGAAUUCAUGUGUGGCUUAUAACCUGAAACAUUCUCAGUGAUGGCGACUCUCAUGGUGUCAGAAUGUGGGUCAUCAAUGUGGCAUGAUGUAAUUCCAAAGGAAAACCUUUCGACCUUAAUGAGUCUGAUUCUGGAACUGUUCUAGAUGUUCCAGAGGAAUAACCUUAAUUUCCAAGAGGUUGUAUUCUAUUUUGUAAAAGAUAAUAGCUGUUAACUACAUAGCGAGGCAGCUGACUAGUUAC